CCUAUAUCAAGCGUUGCGAAUAUACCUGAACUGAACCGCACAUCGAACCAUCCAGACAUCAAUCCAGCGCUUUGAAAAACCACCCCUCGUUCCUUAGACUCGACAUCCCCAGGCCUCUAUCAAACCACCAUCACAACCUCAAAAAUGGACAUUAACACCACAACCCUCACCCUCCUCCUCACCAUCCUCCUCCUCCCCAUCCCAACCUACCUCAUCUACACUCGCCUCCUCCACCCACUCUACCUCUCCCCCCUCCGCCGUAUCCCCCUCCUCUCCCCUCCGCUCUCCCACCCCGUCCCCCUCCCAGCAAUCCACGCCGCGCACGCCCAUCACGGCCCCAUCGUCCGCCUCACCCCCACCACCCUCUCCCUCUCUUCCCUCUCCGCCGCGCGAACCAUCUACAUAACCCGCGGCGGGUUCCCCAAGCCCCGAUGGUGGGUCGACCAGUUCAUAACGUACGGGGUCGCGAACAUGGUUUCCAUGUCCGGCGGGGCGCGCGACAAGGCGCAUGCGGAGCGGAAGAGGAGCCAUGGGGCCGUGUAUGCGAAGAGUUUCCUCUUCGGGCCCGGCGCAGCGGGCGUUGAACGGAUUGCGGGGAGGGUGUUGGCGAGGGUGAGGGGGGUGUUGGAUGAGGUUGUCAAGCGAGAGGACGGAGGAGGGAAGAUGGAUGUGUAUUGUUUUAAUGGGGCGGCGAGUGCGGAGUUUGCGAUUGGGUAUAUUUAUGGGGAUGGGUUUGGAGGGGGUGGGAAGGGGGAGACGGAUUUUGUGGGGGACAAGGGGAGGAGGGAGGAGUAUUAUGGGAAUCAUGGGAGGUGGUUGAAGGGGGAGGAGGGGGCUGCGGAGGCGGAGAAGUGGAUGGAGGGGUUUGGGACGAUGUUGAGGGAGGGGACGGAGAGGGGGGUUGAGGAUGGGAGGAGUGAGGGUGGAGUCGUGUUUCGUCAGUUGAGGUCGAAGGGGAUUCGUGACGAUGACUUGUCGAGUGAAUUACUGGAUCACUUCGUGGCGAGCGCGGAGGCGACAAGGACGACGUUGACGUAUCUUGAAUGGGAGGUCUCGAAGCGGCCGUCUUUGCGGGAACGUCUUACGGAGGAAUUACGCUCACUGUCAAGGAGGGAAGAUACAGACGUUCCGGAUUUCAAGCAGCUCGAUGCGCUGCCCCUUCUCGACGCCAUCUUGACGGAGACGCUGCGUGUCUACACGCCCACGCCAGGCCCGCAACAUCGCAUCACGCCUCCCGAGGGUGCAAUGCUCGAAGGUUACUUCAUCCCCGGUGGCGUGGAAGUCAGUGUCAGUCUGUCCGUGCUACACAAGAAUCCGGAGGUCUUCACUCGUCCGGACGUCUGGGAUCCAGACCGAUGGCUGGUGGACGACGAGGAGAAGAUUGCGGAGAUGAGGAAUUGGUUCUGGGCUUUCAGUAAGGGGAGUCGGAUUUGCAUUGGGAAGGAUUUUGCACUGAUAGUGUUGAAAUUUAUCAUCGACGCGAUAUAUUCAAGAUACGAGACCGAGAUCGUCGAAGAUGACAAUAUGCAGCAAGAGGACCGAUUCCUGGCGGGUCCUGUCAGUGAGAAGUUGGUGCUCAAGUUCAAGCAUUUGCGCCGAUGAGAGAUCCAUUCGGAGGCUUUGAAACAGGUUUUUUUAUGUUCAUGGUGUCAUGAUAUGUAUGUAAGUAGCCACAGGAAAAGAUCCGAUGUACUCUCUGGUCCUGUUGUUGAAUGGACAGGGUUGUGUGGAGUAACAAUCUACAUGUCGGAUGGAUGUAUCUAUGUACGUCGCGGUAUAUACUUCGCUCACGUCCGAACUCACACCAGUUUAUACCAUCUCCUC